UACACUAUGAGCGGUGGUGUCUACGGUGGUGAUGAGGUUGGCGCCAUUAUAUUUGACAUUGGGCAUCAGAGUCUGCGGGUCGGUUAUGGAGGUGAGGACAGCCCAAAAGCCGAAAUUCCCACUAGUCUGGGGGUGUGGGAGGACCCGGCCGAAUCUACUAACGGGGUACACACUCCCAGAAAACGAUACAAUAUCGAUGUUACUGCGAUACAAGUGCGACGGAAAGACAUGGAGAUAGUCAGUAUGAUGAAGGACGGUAUGAUAGACGACUGGGACAUGUUCGAACGCCUAGCGGAAUACACCUACAAACAGCGUCUCCACGCUCUGUCCGAGCACCACCCGAUCCUAAUGACCGAGUGUCCUUGGAACACGCGAGUGAAGCGCGAAAAACUGCUCGAGCUGAUGUUCGAGAAGUUCAACGUUCCUGCCAUGUAUAUCUGCAAAAAUGCUGUGCUAGCGGCUUACGCUAAUGGGCGAUCAACCGCGAUGGUCGUUGACAGCGGUGCCACCCACACAAGUGCAGUGCCUGUUCACGAUGGAUAUGUCAUCACUCAAGGAAUCGUAAAAAGUCCAUUAGGCGGCGACUUCAUUACCAUGCAGUGCAGACAAUUUUUCGAGGAGAAAAAUAUCGAACUGGUGCCUGCCUGCUUGGUAGGCAGUAAAGAUAUAGUUAGGGAGAGGGAUAACCCUCGAUGGACUAAAAAACCAGGCCCUCCACCCACAUCCACCUGGCUCAGUUACAUGGUUCGAGAAUUGCUGCAGGAUUUCCAGAUGAAUUGCCUUCAAGUCGCAGAUUCUCCGUACGACGAAGACGUCGCGAAUGCCCUCCCAAUGAAGCAUUUCGAAUUCCCUACUGGGUACAAUGAUGAUUAUGGAUCGGUGAGGCUUAUGAUACCAGAAGCUCUCUUCGAUCCGAGUAAUGUGAAAGGGGUUGGAGCGAGCAUUCUUGGAAUUGGCCCUCUCGUCACUACCAGUGUUGGAAUGUGCGAUAUGGAUAUAAGACCUAGUCUCUACGGUAGUGUAGUUGUCACGGGUGGCAAUUCUUGUUUACAAGGCUUCAGUGAUCGUCUCAACCGAGAUCUAUCCAGCAAAACUCCACCGAGUAUGCGACUGAAGAUAAUGAGUGCCAAUAGCUCAAGCGAACGACGGUUUGGUGCAUGGAUCGGGGGUUCUAUACUCAGUUCCUUAGGAACAUUCCAACAAAUGUGGCUGUCGCGACAAGAGUAUGAAGAAUCUGGCAAGCGAAUACUGGAUAAAUGCGCCUGAGUUCAGUUAUUGAGAACAAUCGCGUUGUUUUUCAAUGCUUAUCUUGAUGACACGGUUUAUCACGAUGAAUUGUGAAUUAGAGUCGAGGGUAAUUUUAUGGAUAGUGCCAAAAUAAUCACGGGUGCUCAUUAAGAAUACUUUGAUUACGUAUUUCAAGUGAUUUAGCUCGCAAGCUGUAUCAAUUUUCUUCGUCUUCCUAUUUUUAUACAGAAAAGAAAAUAAUACUGUAUCGCUCAAGUGUGACUGAUCAUUCGUGGCAAUCAUUUAGCUAACGCGCAAUCUCCGAUUGUCACACACGCUCAAAUCCAUUUCCAUAUCUAAUGUAUAGGUUUUUCUGUGUGCGUGAACGUAAUAAUGUUGAAAUUAAGAUGAUGGUGAUGUCUUGAUUAAUCCUUCAGUACUCAUGGGAUUUUGGAUACUUUCUUUGGAGUCGUUUUCGUCAUAGAAAAUAAGAGCUUCAACAGUAGUAAUAGAAGACAGUACUUGAAUUGAGAGCGAAAUGUCAGAAUUUCAAGAUCGAAAGCAUAAUUUGAAACCUGCCUUUUUACA